AAAUAGCUAUCCCACCACACCUUAAAUAGUAAUCUUAUAAAAACUCCUUGGCUAUAUUCAUGAAUUACGUCAAAUACGGCUGCUGUCGGAAAUACAAAAGAUAUAACAAAGGCACAAAUGGUAACAACAUACAUUCCUUCUCCAAUCACAAUGGUAAAUGUAAUUAUUCGAAUAUCAAUAAAUAUUCAUCUACCAAUUAUGAUGAAGAUACAAAUAUUCAAAUAAAAAGCAUGCCACAUACCAAUAAUAGACGAUUUAUAUUCUAUUUUUUACCGAUUUUUGAUAAAUCAAAAUACUCCAAAAAUGUGGUCUUCGACCCGACUGGCCAAUCAACUUAUUAUUGGUCCUUUUUUGUCGUAGGCGCCUUCUUAUACAACUUAUGGGUCAUCGGUUACAGGUAUGCCUUUGAUGAAAUAAACGAAUAUAACAAAAUUAAAUGGUUGGCCUUAGAUUACACCGCUGAUUUUAUAUAUAUAUGUGAUAUUUUAUUUGGGUUUAGGGUCGGGUAUUUCAAAGAAGGAGUACUUCAGCAUAACUUAAAUCGCAUCAAGCAAAGGUAUCUAAAUUCAACCACCUUUUACCUGGACUGUCUUGCCAUACUCCCUCUUGAUUUUCUGUAUCUUUCAUUAGGCUAUAAUUCCCUUUUGCGGAUAUUUCGUUUGAUAAAAAUUUUCAAAUUUUGGAAUUUUAUAGAUAGAACUGAAUGCAAUAUAAAUUAUCCUAACAUGUUUAGAACCUUCAUUUUGUUGCAUUACUUACUCGUAAUAUUUCAUUGGAAUUCCUGCGUCGUUUACUGUGUUUCUCAGGCCCUCAACUUUAACAUUCCCAUAAGGAGAAACGAUACUCAUUUACAUGACUUCAACCAUCCAGACCGUAAUAAAUUAUCUUAUAUGAAUAUCGCCGAAAAAAAUAUAAAUGUUUCAAUAAAACAUCCUCACGAGCAUUAUGGACCAGGUGAAACAUUAAAUCUUUACAGAGCAAAUCAUACAAUUUACCAUUCUGAAACGGCCUCCCCUUAUCUUAAGUCGCUUUUUUGGAGUACUUUAGCUUUAACUACUAUAGGAGAUAUGCCAAAACCACAUUCCAACGGGGAACACAUUCUCUCAAUAUCACAAAUAAUACUGGGAUUGAUUUUGUUUGCCUAUAUGUUAGGGCAAGUUUCCAGCCUCAUAUCUACUAUUCGUAUGCAAGAAAGAGAAUAUCAAAUACAAAUGGAUAUUAUCAAAACGUAUAUGAGAAAGCAAGAUGUGCCAAAAAAAUUUAGGAUCAAAGUUUGCAAAUGGCUUAAUUACAAUCGCUUGUCUAAGAAAUCGGCUCAGGAAAACAAAAUAAUUAACACUUUGCCAAACAAACUUAAAGCAGAAAUGGCCAUCUACGUUCAUUUGGACACUUUAAGACGAGUCGAAAUCUUUCAAAACACUGAAGCAGGAUUUUUGAGACAACUGGUUCUUAAACUUAAACCCGUUUUAUUUUCUCCCGGUGAUUAUGUUUGCCUCAAAGGUGAAGUUGGAAAAGAAAUGUACAUCGUAAACACGGGUAUAUUAGAGAUUAUAGGCGGACAAGAUAAUCACACUGUUUUGCUGAUAUUGAGGGCGGGUAGUUACUUUGGAGAAAUAUCGGUUCUAAAUAUGGGGCCUUACGGAAAUCGACGAACUGCCUCUAUAAGAUCCGUAGGGUAUUCAGAAUUGUUCUCUCUAUCCAAAGAUGAUUUAUGGGAGGUGUUGAAAGAAUAUCCUAAUGCCAGAGCUAGACUUGAAGAUAUAGCCUCGAGACGUUUAUCAAUGGCCAAAACCGAAGGAAAUCAAAAUCAUUUGGUGAACGAAGGAAACGAACCCAACGGAAUUUCUAAUAAUAAUGAAAUGAAUGAUGUGCAGUCUCUACCUGAUCGCCAGUUCUACAGCAAAAAAAAGACUAAUGUUAAAAAUUAUUUAGAUAAAGAUACCAUGAUUACCAAUAGAAAAUACAUGAUACCUCUCAUAUCUAUAUCAAAUAAUUCGGAUACCAUAUCAACGGAUGAUCAAAAUACAAUCGAAAAUCAUUCGCCCUCAGACCUUGAAGUUAGCCGACCUUCGAGUGCGUCAUCUUCCAUAAUCUCCAAAAGAACUGGGAACUAUCUAAAAACUCAAAUUAUACCUGAAUCUAAAUAUUUAUGCGCCCGAACUCUUACACCUCUUAAAAGAUUAUCAAAGCUCAACAAAUCGAUUAGUUAUCCAUAUUUUGGUGGAAUAAUGCAAUAUGCAUCUCAAUCAAACCUUUCAGAGCAACAAAUUUAUAGAUCUGAUAAUUUAAAAUAAUAUAAAUCC